CUUACACUUUUAUUUAGGUUAGAUUAGAUAAAUAAGAUAAAUUGUUAUAAUGCAACUAUCAAAUUUACCAUAUUGAUAACAAAUAGAAAAGUAAAUAAAUGUGCACUAGAUAUAGACAGAUAUUAGAUGACGAUGUUUCGAUAUUAUUUGUUGUCAAUUAUAUCCGUUUUAAUAUUUUUUUACGGAUUUUUCCCGGUACCCAAAUAUGAGAAAGGAAAACGUGAAUCCUUGCCGCUGCAAAUUCAAGAAGUUGAUCUCAACAGCCACGAAAUAUACAAGACGGAAUUUACAAAGACUGUCCUUGUGGUAAUUGACGCAUUGAGAUUAGACUUUGUCAACUCCCAAUAUAUGCCGAAACUAUGGGAAAACAUACUACAUCAAGGAUGCAUCAGCCAGGUUACAGUCCAGAGCCCCACUGUCACCUUGCCAAGGAUCAAAGCUCUUACUAGUGGCAGUGUACCACAAUUUAUUGAUGUGGUGUUGAAUUUAGCUACCACUGAUGUAUUGCCGGACAGUAUUAUACACUCAGCACAUGACAACCACAAAAGAAUUGUAUUUUAUGGUGACAAUACUUGGCUGAAAGUUUUUCCUAAACAUUUUCAAAGGCAUGAAGGUACUAGUUCAUUUUUUGUUAAGGAUUUUAAAGAAGUUGAUGACAAUGUUACUAAAAAUGCUUUGAUAGAAUUAGAUAGAACUGAUUGGGAUAUUAUGGUGUUACAUUAUUUAGGCUUAGAUCAUAUUGGUCAUGUUUUGGGCCCAUGGUCACCAUUAGUUAAAGAUAAGCUCAUUGAAAUGGAGGACAUUAUUAUGAAAAUCUACUCCAAACUCUCUUUGAGAAAAGAAAAUGUUUUGAUGAUUAUCACAUCAGAUCAUGGUAUGAGAAGCAGUGGUGGACAUGGAGGAUCUUCUUUCUUUGAAACAAAUGUUCCUUUUGUUUUAUUAGGUUUAAAUUGUCGUGAUGAUAAAAUCGCACAGACUGAUAUUUCAGUAAAUUUAGCUGUCCUAUUAGGUUUAGAAAUACCAUCCACAAGCAUAGGCAAAUUGAGUUCUAACUUGUUAGUUGACUUAUUCAGAGACAAAUAUCUCCUGAGCCUUAUGUAUAACACAAAAUCUUUGUUAAAAAAAAAGCCAGAAUGUUUGGAUGUAUUUGAUGAGGCUCAAAAACAUCACAAGAAUUUCCUCCAAAGUCAUGUCAUGACUGAGGCCUCUAAAGCUGCAGAGUUAUAUGAGAAUUGUUCAAAGUCAAUAAGUGAGUCAUUAAUUCACGCUUCUAUUGAACAGAACUUGGCUCUUCUGGUGCUUGCAAUUAUUUUAAUGAUAUUUGCGUUGACAGUCUUUAUUAAAAACACUGCCUUUAAUGUGCAAACAUCCAGCAUAAAAUUGGAUUCAAUUCCUUUAAUUCUUCUCUAUGUAUUUCACCCUCUGACCUUCUUCUCGUCGAGUUAUGUGGAAGAAGAACAACAGUACUGGUAUUUUUGUUUUCAGUUUAUUACAAUCAUUUUCAUUUCCAAAUAUGGGAAUAUGAGAAAAAUUAGUGGUAAUAUGGCAGGGUAUAUAUUAUUUUAUGGUGCUUGCUUUAGAUUUUUAAUAACAAUUAAUCAGAGUGGAGACAAAUGGGCAAAUUUAAAUGACUUCUCAGACUGGCUUCAAAAAAUUGAAAAUGUUUAUUAUUUGCAAAUAUUCUUUAUUUGUGGGUUGUUGAGUGUUGCAUAUUACAUUCAUAUACAUUCCAAAAGGUUUUUUACCAGUCUUAUAGCUUUCUUAACCUUGUUUUUAAUUUUUAUUUUAAAAAAUGACGAGAGAAACAAUGUUACUCUGGGUCAACUUAUUUGGGUGCUAAUAAUAAUAAUUCUUUAUUUUGACGAUUUAAUUGUGGGAUGGCUGUUGAUUUGUAGUUUAUUAUUAAAGCCUUACAACAUAGUAUUAAUACCAUAUUGCGUUGCAGUGUGCACGUUUUUUAACAAAACAAUCAAAAAUAUGUAUGUGUCUUAUCUAAGCUUCAUCAGUUUAGGGAAUGCUCUCUAUUUUGCUCAGGGGCAUAGCAAUAGUUUAGCUAGUGUCGACGUUUCUGUCGGCUAUAUUGGCUUAAGUGACUACAGCCCAUUUUUUGUCAUAUUACAAGUUCUAUUUCAUACAUACGCACUACCGGUUUUAUGUCAUAUCUUCUUCUUAAAAACCCAUAAGGAGUUAGCCCCAAUAUUUUGGUCCAUUUUGAUCAUCAAUCGUUUAUACAUCAAUAUUAUUGUUAGUGUAGUCACACUUAUAUUUAAGGAUCAUUUAUUUAUUUGGUCCGUAUUUGCACCCAAACUGUUCAUAGAAACCAUUUCGACCAGUUUUGUGUUUUUGGAAAUAUGUUUUUAUACUAUUUAUGUGAUAAUCCAAAAUGUAUACAGUAAAUAUGAAUUAUUAAAUGUAAAGAUUGCAUAAAAUAAAUUAUAAUAAUAUAUUUCUCUAUAAUUUUUAAGAAACAAAAUGUAAUUGCUAAAUUAUAAAAA